AUUCCGACUUCGAUAUCUAGGCUAUAUAUGGACCGAUUUAAUCGAAAAAAGACCCUAAAUUAUGUUUAUGGGACAUCUAGGAGUGCCAAGAAAGAAGCUCGUCAAAGUUUCGAGGAAACCCCUUCCCCCCAUUCCUGGAAAGGACAGCACAGAAAAAUGUCGUCGGCCUCUCCCUCCCCCACCUCCCCCACCUCCCGUACACGACCCUGAUGAUGAUGAUGAUAAUGAUAAUGGUGGUGUUGAGGAGGAGGAAGAGCAACAGGAAGUUGUGAUAGCCUUGUAUGACUUCAAUGGUCCUGAACCACAUGACCUGACUCUGACCAAGGGAGAAGAAUACCUCAUACUGGAAAAAUGUGACAUCAACUGGUACAAAGCCGGCAACCAAUACGGGGAGGAGGGCUACAUCCCCAUCAACUACGUGACAGAGAAGAAGUUGGGGAACCUGGCACAGUAUGCCUGGUACAGUAAACAUGUCAACAGGGUCAAAGCUGAGGAACUACUGAGGAGAGAGGAUAAAGAGGGAGGGUUCAUGGUAAGAGACUCCAGUAACCCAGGAACGUACACCGUCUCUCUGUACGCCAAAUCAGCAGGAGGUAACGUUAUCAGGCAUUACCACAUCAGGGAAACGGAAGGCUGCCCCAGACAGUUCUACCUGACUGAGAAACACCUGUUCACCUUGAUACCUGACCUUAUAGAGUACCACAACCACAACGCUGCAGGUCUAGUAGCCAGGUUGAGAUAUCCAGUAGGACAGAAGGAUGGAUUGGCUCCCUCCACAGCAGGCUUUAGCUAUGAGAAGUGGGAGAUCAACCCUGUUGAGCUGACCUUCAUGAAGGAGCUGGGUUGUGGUCAGUUUGGGGUGGUGCGGCUGGGGAAAUGGAGAGCUCAACACAAAGUAGCCAUCAAGGCUAUCAGAGAGGGAGCCAUGUACGAAGAAGACUUCAUAGAGGAAGCCAAGGUUAUGAUGCGUCUCUCCCAUCCUAAACUGGUGCAGCUGUAUGGAGUGUGUACCCAUCAGAAACCCAUCUACAUUGUGACUGAGUUCAUGGAACUGGGAUGUCUGCUCAAUCACAUCAGGCAGCGUCGGAACACCUUCAGCCCGGGGUCCUUACUGAGUAUCUGUCAGGACGUCGCAGAGGGGAUGGAACACCUGGAGGCAAACGGCUUCAUUCACAGAGACCUGGCAGCGAGGAACUGUCUGGUGAACGAUUCUCUGGUGGUGAAGGUAUCAGACUUUGGAAUGGCCAGGUAUGUACUAGAUGACCAGUACACUAGUUCAUCAGGCUCUAAGUUCCCAGUCAAGUGGUCUCCUCCUGAAGUCUUCAACUUCUGCAAGUUCAGCAGCAAGUCUGACGUCUGGUCCUUCGGUGUGUUGAUGUGGGAGGUGUUUACAGAGGGGAAGAUGCCGUUUGAACACAACCCGAACCACGAGGUGGUGAUGAGAGUGUCACAAGGACACCGUCUCUACAGACCCAGGAUGGCCACGCCCAGCAUCUAUGACAUCAUGCAGCUCUGCUGGCACGAGAGAGCGGAGGAAAGGCCAUCGUUCUCUCAGAUAUCCAUCUUGAUCUCUGACGCUCUGGAAGAGGACGGCUUCUCCUCAGCCUGAACCGGCCAAUCAGAUCCUCUCCUCUGCCUGAACCGGCCAAUCAGAUCGCAACCACCAAUCGGAUCUCCUCAGAUCUACUCGAUGGAGGACUGCUUGCAUAAGGAUCCAAACAUUCCAUACCACUCUGUCGUGAUGGAUCUCUCAAGAUGGUUGAUCACAAUGGAUUUUGUUAGACAGAAAGCUCACGUCCAGAUACCAUAUACCCUUUUACCUCUUCUAUCCUGUCUGACAUGCUCACGUCCAGAUACCAUAUACUGUUUUACCUCUUCUAUCCUGUCUGACAUGCUCACGUCCAGAUACCAUAUACUGUUUUACCUCUUCUAUCCUGUCUGACAUGCUCAAGUCCAGAUACCAUAUACUGUUUUACCUCUUCUAUCCUGUCUGACAUGCUCAAGUCCAGAUACCAUAUACUGUUUUACCUCUUCUAUCCUGUCUGACAUGCUCACGUCCAGAUACCAUAUACUGUUUUACCUCUUCUAUCCUGUCUGACAUGCUCACGUCCAGAUACCAUAUACUGUUUUACCUCUUCUAUUCUGGACUGUCUUCAUUCUCUCCAGUCAUUUUGUAAUUUAACUGAACUAACUCAAGCCCUUUGCAUGUCCUAACAAAGCCAGUCCUGUUAGUUUAUAUAGUUCAGUAGGUCCAUUCAUACAUCGUGUCCUGUUUCAAUACUCAAACGCAUGUCCGCAAUCCAGCUGUAUAUUUAUAAGGUAAAUGUAUGUUUUUAAUACUACUGCAGCAGAUUCAAUGUAAUUACAAUAACAUGAGUGACAAUACCAUUCUCUCAUAUGAUUGUAUUCUCUUGCAUCAAAGUCAAACACUCGUGUCCAACAGCUGAGAUAAGGUGUUCCCGACUCCAGAUUGAUUUAAAAACAACAAAACUACAUUUUUCAGUGAGAAGUAGGCAUUAGUCUGAAAAUGAAAAAUAAAGGAAAUUCACAUGA